UUUUCUUUUUCUCCAUUAACCAACUCUUUUGAAGUGCGGUCUAGAUGUGAAAGCGCUUUCCUGGCCUUUGGCUUCUCGACGCUUCUAACACAGCCCAGGGAGACUGAAAAUGGUGCUUGGUAUGUGCUGCCAGAGAGAGAGGCUCUACAAGUUCCUGUAUGUAGUACAAAUCUUCAUCCUUGCAGGAGUGGUGUACUACUAUUUUCAGGGGUCUCUGGGGAAAGCAGACCCUGACCAUGAGAUUGCUGGGGGCUCAUCACAGCCCAUAGGGGAGACCUUAAGGCCAGUGUGGGGGCAGAUGGAUAAGUGCUAUCCUGUGACUACCCAGAGACACAGAGUCAAGAAUGGGAAGAAGCAAGACUCCGAGGCCAUGACCCCCAAGACAACGGGAGGGCCAAAUGAUGCUGCCCCCAAGGAGGAGACGGAUGUCUUGUCUCAGGAUGAGGGCGAAGUGAGAUCCCCAGGGGAGGAAGCGGCCAGCCCAAUUCCAGCUGGGCAGGAGGUGGCUGAGGAGGAGGCUGUGUCAGUGCCUCCAGGAGGGGAGGAAACUAAAAAGGCCCGAAAGGAGAUUGCUGUAUAUACUUCUGAGGCCUCUGAGGUGGACAUCAAGGAAGAAACGCCUGAGGGCUGGGUCCCCCAGCUGCUGAGGAAGCUCUGGCUGGGCUGGUUCCCAGCCUCUGACUUCCCCAAGACUCAGAACCGUGAAUGACAGAGUGUCCAGUAAAUCCACAGCUGCUGCUUCUGCAGGUCUGGCUGCCUCCUUUCAGGGGCCUCAAAUUCCCACAAACUGAGUGUGGCUUUGUCCACGCUCCCUGCCCCAACAAGCAGUACAAGGUUACACAGUGUCAUAGCAGAGCAAAGACUAGGGCCAAGAUGUCUCCUCCAAGGUCCCCACAUGGCCUUCUCCUGCUCUGGCCACCUCAUUGUCACAUGGGUUCAAGAUUGACCACUGUCCCUAGGUCAUCCCUACGGCCCACAGGGCUUAUUAUUCCCUGUCCUGCCCAAGCCUCUCGAGAGCCCAGACUGACCUGGCCACUCAGGAUGGAGCCCCAAGUUGGAGCCCAGAUGAGUGUCCUCCUCCUGCUCUGGUGUGGCCGUAAGUGGCAACUUCUACUGGGCAGGGGUUGGAUGAGCAUCCCUAAGGGGCUGGGAAAGGAAGCCCAUCAGAUCUUGGGGCAGCUCAUUCCUGGGCUGCUGUCAGGCCUCCCAGGGAGAGCAUUGGCAUCUGAAGACUGAGCCCUGGGUAAUAACUCAGCCUGUCGCCUCCCAGCCAUCCCUGAGUUCCCCACCUUUUGGGGCAGCAGCUUGUGGUGCUGGCUGAGCUGCUGGCCCAUGGUACAAGCUGGGUGUGGCUGGGCCUGAAAUGUGGGCAUCUAGGCAGAGUUUCUAGGCAGAGUGGGGCCCUCCCCAUCCCCAUCGGGGCCUGACAGCUCUCACCAGCCUAUUCGAGCUCCUCACAGCAGAAACCAGGAUCUAUUUAUAGACUUUGUCACUAACCCAGGUAAUCAGCAUUGGGUUUCUAAAGGUGACUAGGGGAUAAUCUCUCACUUUCUGAGCCUCAGUAUACCCCUCUCUCAAAUGGGGUCAAAUGACAGGUAAGGAUGGAUCAGGCUAGGGCAGAAGCUGGACCCAGGGAGGCUGCUUAGGCCCCGUCACUGCCAAGGGGCUGGUCAGGGGCCCCAGGUGGGACUCAAGCCAGGUUGCAGCCACCAGACUGGUUUAUUGUACAUCAGAGCUACUCCUGAGGAGUGGGUGGAGGGUUUGGUGUCCCCGUCUAGCGAGGCACAGCACAGAGCUGGUAGGGGGCUGGGGUCACCAGGAAGGCAAAGAUACCAUGGUCACUUGGGCGGGGCUGCCCAGGGGGCACCGAGAAGCUGAAGCGCUGCAGGAGGCAGGUGAAGAAGAGGAAGAGCUCCAUGCGGGCCAGCGGCUCCCCGAGGCACAAGCGGCGGCCUAUGUGCAGGUGUAGGGGCUCUGUGAGCCUGGGGGCCUUCGCUCCACCCCACCAAGACUCCCUUGGGAGGGGGAGGCAAGCCAGGCACCCCAUAGGCACCUGCUGAGAAAGGCAUGAAGGCCUCCUGCUUGACAAAGUGGCCCUGGGCAUCUAGGAAGUGCUCCGGAUGGAAGCGGAAGGGCAUCUUCCAUAUGGUCUCAUCUUUCAGCACCGAUGACAGGUUGGUGAUGAGCGUUGUCCCCUGGCAGGAGAUAUCUGGCAUGGGUGGGUGUGGACUGGGGGGGGGUGCCUGGACCUCUGCCACCAAACACACCCGGGGAGCACACACACUGCCUGGCACAUACCUGGACUCUUCAAGUGACCCUCAGCCCAAGAAGCUUCUUGGCACCCUCCCUGUCCCCAUGGCAGGGCCAAGUGACCUGCCUCCCAUGGGUGUCCUGACUGCCACAUGUCCUUGCAUGCAUGGGCUCCUCCAACACACUGCAGUGGCACACUUUAGUUUGUCUUCCCCACCUGACUGGGGCUCUGAAUGGACAGGGCAGGCCCUGCCUCUGCUCAUCCCCACACCCACCCGGGCUGGGACAUUUGUUGCCUGUGGAAAUGAGGAUUGGAUGCCUUCAGCUCCCAUCCUGGCCCCACCUAGCAAUGGCCAUACUGGGGCUACCGGUGGCAGGUGGUGCUGAGCUGGGAUGAGGAGGGCUGUAGGCUUACCUUUGGGAUGAGGAAGCCCUGCACUUCAAUGUCACGGGAUGUCAUGUGGGGCAAGCCUAGUGGGACGAUGUCCCCAAAGCGCUGCACCUCAUGCACCACGGCCAUGGUGAAGGGCAUGAGGGCCUGAUCCCCCAUCUCUGGUCGCCGUGCCGGCCCUAUCACCUCAUCGAUUUCCUGUUGCACACGUCCUGGAAAGGUAAGUAUCCUCAGUGGUCAGACCCAAGGUCUGGGCCCCAACCUCCUCCUGCCUCCUGUAUAGGGCUGUGCCCGCAUGGAGGAGGAGGUCACUGUGACCUCUGAGCUGGGGCUUAGCCUCAGCACAGAGCUGCUGCUGGUGGCCAAAUCAGCCAAGCUCAGGGGCCUCAGACUGUCCCUUUCCUCCCUCACCCAUCCCACCCGGCCCCCCUGGGCUAGGCUCACGUUGCACGUCUGGGUGCAGGAUCAUGAGGAGGAGGGCCCAGGCCAGCGUGGCUGAGGUAGUUACCAUCCCAGCAGAGAACAGGUCAAACACCACUAUGCGCAGGUUGUCGUCAUUGAAGCUGCUCUCGGGGUUCCCCUUGGCCUGGGCCAUGCAGGGAAGCUCACCUCCUCGAUCUCAUCCAUGAAGAUGUCAGUCAGGUCUCGGGGAGGCUGGGCCCGGUCUCGAGUCAUCCUGUGCUCGGUGAUCAGUUCAUCCAUCAUGGCCACGAAAGCCCUCUGCCCCGAGAAGACCUUGGCGGCCAGCCCCGGGAUACGCAGGAGAACUGGGGCUGCUUCCAGCACCUGUGCAGGUCACAGCUAUGGGGCCCUGCGGCCUCCUGGUGCUCAAGGUGUUCACCUUGACCAGUCAGGCCCCAGCUAUCUCCAGGGUGUCCCCGUUAUUGACCUUGUACCCCCCUAAGUUCUGGCCUUCACCCUCUCUCCUGACCCUGGGCCCAGGAUAAACCUAAAGUCUACAUCUCAUGGGCGCAGCUGCCUGCCAGUGAGGGAGCCCUCCUAAGCCCGCUGACCCGGGCCCCGCCUCUCCCUUCAGUGUUUGUCCUUUCCUCAGUUCUAGGCCUUUUCCCUUGCAGUUGCCUCUCUGGGAAUGCCCUUUCUCCUCUGGCCCCCUACACUAAUCCUCCUGCAGGAAGGCCCAUUGCAGGGCUGAGGCCUCCUCAACGGAACUCGCCCUGCAGGGCUCCUCGGCGCCUACCUCCCCUCACCUGGCGCAAGAAGCCAACGUCCUCCUUCAGUCCCUUCUCAAUUAGUUCCAGCAGCUUGAGGAUGCAAGGAUCGUUAUACUCAAAGCGGCGCCCGAAGCCCCAGUACUCACCAGCCUGGUCGGCGAAGGCAGCACAGAGGCACGAGGCCUCUUCGGUCACCCAUUGCUCCAGAGACUUCUUGCCCAUGCCUAAGUUGCGCAGUGUGGAUACGGAGAAGCGCCGCUGCUCGCGCCACGCGCGCCCAUAGCGCGCUAGGAUGACUCCUGGGGGCGGGGCGGGCACGUGGGCGGGGCUUGGAUGAGCCGCGGCCCCGCCCUCUGCCGCAAACUGUGCCCGCGGGUUCCCCGCCCUGCCCAUUGUUCUGCUCACAGCCCCGCCCCCUUUCUGGGCAGGUCGCGCCACCUGUUCCGUCCCUGCUAACCUCGCCCUCCUCCCUCUCCCAAGUCCCUCCCCAUUUGACACCCCCUUCCAGUUGGGGACAGGUCUCACUGUGCCCUCCCGCAUUGCUCGCCAACUCUCCCCUGCUAGGGGCAGGUCUCGGAUCCACUUUUUGUUCUGCCCACCGUGGCCCCUUCCUCAUUAGGGGAAGGUCCUGGCCCGCCCCCUGCCCCGCCCACUCUGACAUCGUCCUCCUCAUUCCUAACCAUACUGACGUCCCCUUUGUGCUCAGUGACCCAGGGCCUCCCUCUCAGCAAGGUCCCGCCCUCUCCCCGCCCAUGUUCCUCCCCCUCCACCCUUGACUCGGGCGACUCGGGCUUCUUUCUCCACCGUGCGCCCCUUCAGAUUCGCUCGCUCUUUCCUGCACCGAACAUUCACGACCCUGCCUCCGCUUGGCCCUGCCGGCAUCGCCUCACUGCUGGCCCUGUCCCUGCCAGGAUGCGGUCUCUUCCUUCCUCCGCUUGCCUUCAGAGCGCGGCCCCAAACCCAGGUGCUCGUAGACAGUCGCAGGUGGGCGGUCAGCGGUGUCCUGGCUGUGGUACACCAGCGCCUCGCGCACAGCCGCCAGCCCGUUGAGUACGACCACAGGCGUCCACACCUGCUGCAGGCUGAACACGUCCCCGAAGCGACGCCGCAGCUGCAGGCCAAAGGUCAAGGAGCAUCGUCAAGCCUCGACCCGCGAGGGUGCUGGCCCAGCAUCAUGGCCUUAGUCUUGGGGGGCCUCUGGGCCACCAGUAGGGAGUGAGUGCAAGGACUUUAUCCAGCUUGUAAGCCCGGGAGGAGGGUCACAUCCGCUAUGGUCAAGGACUCCAUGUUGGAUCAGACUACCCAGCUAUGACUGUGCAAAGGUUACCAAAACUGUCAAAUUAGCGUCCCAUUUUACAGGAGGCCCAAGGUCUCACAGCAGCAAGAUUUGAACCAGAUCGCUAUACCUCUCUCAACCUCAACUUCUGAUUUAAAUACAACUCAUAACCAGA